CUUCUCUUGGGCUUCGGAAUUUGCUACAGGGAGUUACUUCAUCAUUCAAGAAGGGUAGUUACCAUUCACAACUGCAUUUACAAGUCUGGUGUUGCCCUUUGUCCUUUCUGUUGUUACAGUGAUGCUCUCACUGGCUAUUAUGUGUUCAAACUUGUCUUAACCCUCUGCUUUUAUGUCUAUUGGGCUUUCUCCCCUUCUCAGUCUUCUUUCUACUUGAAAAGCUUUAUACCAUUCUUGUUUUAGUUUUUGUCUUAGUUCUUACAAAACCCCAAACGGAAAUUUCAAAGAUGGUGAUGGGAUUUGUGCCUUUUCUUUGUUGAUGACUGGUAUUGGCUAAUCUUAUUCAGAAAAUUCAGUUGAGGAAGUAAGGCAAAAAAGAUGAUGGUUGAACAAGGAAUGUCAGGAGGAGGUGAAGGUGAAAAGUUUCAAGUGCAAUCAUCUUUUGCUGUGAAUGCCUGCCAACCAGCUCCUAGUUAUCAUCCAUAUCCGCCUCCUUUGGCAACAUAUGAAGAUGUGUUGGGCUCUUGUGAGCUAUUUUUGAAUACUUUGAAAAAGCUCCACGCUUCAAUGGGAACUAAAUUCAUGAUCCCGAUUGUGGGGGGCCGGGACUUGGACUUACACCGUCUCUUUGAGGAAGUUACAUCUCGUGGUGGCAUUGCAAAGGUUGUGAAGGAUAGAAAAUGGAAAGAAGUUACAGCAGUUUUCAGCUUUCCCUCAUCAGCAACAAAUGCCUCGUUCAUACUUCGCAAGUAUUACGUUUCGCUGCUUUAUCACUACGAGCAAAUCUACUUCUUUAAGGCCAAAUGUUGGGCUCCUACGCCUGCUGAUGCUAUGCAACAUUUGUCAACAAUCACAGCUCCGCCUCCCAGCUUGCCUGAAUAUGUGCCCUCAGUGACACAACGGACCCAAAUGGUUUCUCCACAACAGCAGUCAAAUACGGCAACAUCAGUGUCUGAAGUAUCAGCUGGUUCUCCAGUUUGUGGUGUGAUUGAUGGAAAAUUUGAUAGUGGAUAUCUUGUAACGGUCAAAAUCGGGCUGGAGGAGUUCAAAGGCGUUCUUUAUCAGGUUCCGAACAAUGAAGUGCAAAUGUUCCCUGAUCAUACACAAAGAGAAUCUGCCAAACUGAACCAUUCAUCAGCAAAACCAGGGGUACCUCGUCGCAAACGUAGGAAGAAAUCUGAAAUCCGAAAGCGGGAUCCUGCUCAUCCGAAGCCUAACCGAAGUGGCUACAACUUUUUCUUUGCCGAGCAGCAUGCCAGGCUGAAACCACAUUAUCAUGGGAAGGAUCGAGAGAUCAGUCGGAUCAUAGGUGAAUCUUGGAAUAAACUACAAGAACCUGAAAGAGCGGUUUAUCAGGAGAAAGCUCUUAAAGACAAGGAACGGUACAAGAUAGAAAUGGAGGACUACCGUGAAAGAUUGAGGACAGGCCAAAUAAUCAGAAGCGCAAUGCCGAUACAGCAGCAGCCUCCAGUGCCAGAAGCCAACUCCACAGACCUCAACAGCAAUCUUCAAUUUGGAGGUGCCACCCCCUCAGCGUACACGGAGGAGAAUGAAAUGAGCUCCGAAAAAAGUGAUAAAAGCAACUUGGAAGAGUAUGAAAGUGCAGACAAGGACUCGGACUUUGGUGAAUAUCCGCAAGCAGAUAUGGAGCUGAAAACUGUGAAUAUUGAGGUCAUGGCUGAUGAAGCAUUUGAUCUGCAGACAAGACCAGACAGGAUUGGACAAGACAACAAAAAUCCCGAACAUGGCGCAGUGGACGACGAUAAAAUGUUGUCGUCUACCGAUAACAAUAUGGUUCUUGGUGAAGAUGGAAUAUCGGUUCCCAUUGAAGAGAGGGAACAGCCACCUAGUAAUGCUGAUGAAUCAGUUCCAAGCCUCUGAAGAUUUUCUGUAGCAGAAGAGAUCCCAAGAUUAUGGUACUCUUGUCAGUAGAGUUAACAAACCUGGGAUUGGACUUGGUCUAGGAUGUCUGUCUUAGUUCCUUGACAAUCUUCUGAUGCUAUUAAAUAUGAACAAUCUCACCAUCUUCUGGUUUAUCUCUCGUUUAUGAAGUUCAUGCAUUUGUUCUGCUGCUGUUUAUCAUAUUCUUUGGCACAGACAUGUGCAAGUAGAAAAAACUGGUUUCUGUCAGCAUCGUGAAAACUGAUCGACAAGGGUUGCUGUGGCAGGACGAAGAUCCUCUACUGAUCAUGUCAGAUGAAGUCGAAGCGUAAUGAUCUUCAAUUACUAUCAAGCACUUGUAAGGGUUGUUUAUUUUUGUAUGUGGGAUAAAUGGUCGAUAGGCUUGGUCGGAUAUAACGUGGAAUAUGAUAAAUUA